CCCUGCCUGUGGCGGCAGCGGUGGCGGCGCCGCGUGGCCGGGCCGGCUGAGUCCUGGGUUCGAGCCUUAGCUCUAACUGCCCCUCGGUGCCGGCUCCAAUCCCGGGCCUCCGGAGGUUCUCCCCCGCAGGGGCGGAGCCAGCCAGGCCCUCCCCCUGGGCGCGCUUCCGCUCCUCUAGCCCCCGCGGUCUGGCCCAGACCCUCAGGGACUAGGAGGGAGGAGGGAUCUCUCGAGACCUGAACGGCCCCAUCCGGAGGGGAAAAGGCUGUGCGGGGCUGUGGCGGGGAGAACGGCCGCCUGGAAUCGAUAGAAGCUCGGGAAAAUGGAAGAACUGAGUCAAGCCCUGGCUAGUAGCUUUUCUGUGUCUCAAGAUCUGAAUAGCACAGCUGCCCCACACCCUCGCCUGUCCCAGUACAAGUCCAAGUACAGUUCCCUGGAGCAGAGUGAGCGGCGUCAGCAGUUAUUGGAACGGCAGAAAUUCAAGCGGCUGGAUUAUGUGAAUCAUGCCAGAAGACUGGCUGAAGAUGACUGGACAGGGAUGGAGAGUGAGGAAGAAGAUAAGAAAUAUGAUGAAGAAAUGGACAUUGACACUGGCAAGAAGUUACCAAAACGCUAUGCUAAUCAAGUGAGUAUUCCAGAGAUUAGGCCCAGCUAUCAUUGCAUAGCUGUUCUGGAUCGGACCUGUCCAGCCCAGCACUGCCCCACCACACCUCCCAGAUUGGUAAUCUUUCCCAAGCAGAGGACUAAGAUGGCAGUGUUGGAUCUUUACAUUCAGGUGUUUUCUUCACUUCUGCCAGGAGGCUACAAGCGAAACUCAACAACUGCAAAAGACUAUACCAUUCUGGACUGCAUUUACAGUGAGGCGAAGCAGACCUACUACAUUCUGGAUGUGAUGUGCUGGCGGGGCCACCCUUUUUAUGACUGCCAGACUGAUUUCCGAUUCUACUGGAUGCAUUCAAAGUUACCAGAAGAAGAAGGACUGGGAGAGAACACCAAGCUCAAUCCUUUUAAAUUUGUGGGGCUAAAGAAUUUUCCUUGUACCCCUGAGAGCCUGUGUAAGGUGCUGUCGAUGGAUUUCCCUUUUGAGGUGGAUGGACUUCUCUUCUACCACAAGCAGACCCACUAUAGCCCUGGAAGCACUCCUCUGGUGGGCUGGCUACGCCCGUACAUGGUGUCAGAUAUUCUUGGUGUGGCUGUGCCAGCUGGGGGCCCACUGACCACCAAGCCAGAGUAUGCUGGGCACCAGCUCCAGCAGAUUAUUGAGCACAAGAGGAGCCAGAAGGAGGGCAUGAAAGAGAAACCCACACAUAAGGCCUUUGACAAUGGGCACUAUGAGCUGGAGCAUCUGUCCACCCCUGAGCUGAAGAGUGACCCCCACAGCUUGGACCAACUUGGGAGUCGCAUGGAAAACUAAAGAGAGCAGCCUCCUUUGGGUGUCACAGGGAGGUGCUUGGUUUCAGAACAAAGGUUGGGGAGGAGGACAAUGACGACAAUAGGUGACUUCAUUUUAGAGUGGACUUUCCAAAGCCACUCCAGCUGGAAACAGCUUAACUCCUGUAAAAAGUGUAUCCCAGACCUACAAUGUAAAUAUAUGUGAUUCUUAAAAAAGAA